AUGGGAGAUUUCGGCUGGGCCACCUUCUCCAAAGCCUCCACCUUCGAGGCUGCCAGCAGCGGAUUGCAGGUCUCCCCUUGUGCCCUGGCGCUGUCGACCAGCGCCAACGCCUGCCUCUCCGAGACCGGCGUCUGGGGGGCGCCAGUGCCGCUGGGCGCGGCGGUCGUCGCCGGGGGCCUGGGUGUGCUGCUCGGCGUCCUCGCGGUGCUGCUGGCGCAGGUGACCGUCUGCACGUGCCUGGUGUCGGUGCGGAUUGGCCUGUGGGGUCUCUGGAGGACCGCGCCGGCGCCUUCGCGAGCCGAGCGGCAGGAGCAGCUGGCACCCGUCGUGGACGCGCCCGUGCAAGCAGGGGGCGUAGUGUUCCUCGACUACGGGGAGGCAAAGGAACCGUGGCAUGAGAGGCUGAUCCUCGCGUCUUUGGGCGGGGCGAGGUACCUGGUGCUGACCCCCGACGAGGACAUGUACGAGGAGGAGAUCGACACGCGCAGCGUGGCCGACUUCCGGCAGGCGGGCCCGCGGGGCGGCUUGCCGGCCGGCCUUGGAGCAGCCAAGGGCCAGCCGGUCUACCGCUUCACGGAGCGGCCGCGCGGCGCUGCCUUGCAGUCGUGGAUCGACGCGGCGGAGGAGCAGGCCGUGGAGCUGCGCGCGGCGCGGGGGCUCGCCGAGGAGCCUGAGCCUCCGCCCUUGGCUGACGGGGGCGCGCCCUCGGGGGCGGGCGCCGCGGGCUCCGGCUCGACUGGCGAGCGGGCCGACUGGGUCUGCGUGGUCCCCGAGGGCGACGUCAGGUCGGCGGUCCUGGUCAGGCUGGCGCCGGGCGAGACCGCGGACGAGGCCUUGCGGACCUUCGUGGCGUCCGCGGUGCCGGACGCCGUCGGGGGGGCGCGGGCGCCGCCACCCGCCGAGGACGCCCGCACGCUGGCCAUCAAGCGGGACGCGGCCGGCCGCCGCUUUCGGGAUCUGAAGAGCGUGGCGGACUCGUCGGAGCAGUGUGAGUUCGAGGACUGGGCGCUGUCGGGCCCCCGCACUGCCUCGUACGUGGUGAAGGAGAUUGCCAGGCAAAGCGGGGGCCCGGUCCAGCGUCACACCACGUGGAAGCACGAGAACAAGCUCCACGAUGACGAGCAUAGCGUGGUGGCCCACGAGAUGCUGUCGGAGAUUUUGGAGUUGGCUUGCACCUACGACCAGGUCGACGUGGCCAACCUGGCGAGCAUGGAGGCGCUCGCGAGGCACCUGCAGUUCCUGGAGCACAAGGUCAAGAAGAAGAAGGAGACGAUCAAGGAUUUCGACUCCCAGGACUACUACCUGGGACGCACCAGGAGGACGGGCGGGGCUAUCAUCAGCCCGGAGCUGCUGAAGUGGGUCGCGGAGUCCGCGGCCCGGGACUCGGCCAUCUUGCCGCUGGAGCGCAUGGUGCCGAGGGAUCUGCUGCCCUUGCCCUUGGUGCCCGUGCCGCCGGCUCGGGGCGCGCGGGCGUUGCCGCGCCGCUCCGCCCAGAGGAUCGGCCGCAGGUCUGCUGUGGGCCGCCGUGUGAACGACUGCAUCGCCGCCCUGAACAACUUGUACGGGGAGGGCGACUUUUGCUCGAAGGCCCGUCCUUCGGAGGCACAAUUUUCUGCUGUGGACAUGCUCUGGCAGGCCGUGUCGGACGACAAGCCGCCGGACGACGCCCCCAGCCCCGAGGCAGCCCUCGUGGAGUUGCUUGGCAUGGGUAGUCUGGGCUAUGGCCCCGACGGCCCCACUGUGGUUGCGCCGUAUGAUCGCGGCUUGGUUUCGUGGCCUGAGUCGGCGGGCUGUGUCAGCUUGCUGGAGGUGCUGCCGGAGCCAGACCGCCAGGAGGUGAUCGACGGUAGGAAUUCGAUGAUGCUUCGCGCUGAAGAGGUUCGCCCAGGCGCCACCAAGGUGUACUGGGAUAAGACCUUGCAAUCCGACGCAGACGAGUACCAGCGGUUCGUGCAGGACCUGCUGGCCCGCGACAUGGCUCAUAUUGUGGACGCUCGGGCUGUCAACCAGGCGCUGAAGCGGCCGCCGACGAUUCACAUGGCGUCCACCGCGGCGCUAGUGAACAUGGAGGUCGAGGGCGGCGCCCAGCUGGAGUUCUCGAUCCAGGACAUCGCGGACUGCUUCUACCAGUUCCGCGUGCCGGACUACAUGGUGCCGUGGUUCGGCAUGCGCCCGCUCAGAGCGAGGCAGCUGGGCGUGAAGGUGGUCGACGGCCUCGCGGUCUCAGAGGGGUCGUGGGUCUACCCGUGCCUGCGGGUGCUGCCCAUGGGCUUCGCGUGGGCCAUGCGCUGGACGCAGCAGGCGCACCGCGAGCUGCUGCGGCGGGGAGGUCUCGGUGGCGUCGAGAACGAGCUGGUGGACAGGCAGAUCGCUCCGAGCGUGGACUCUCCCCAGGUGCCGAGGGUCGUCUACGUGGACAACGAGAUCUUCGUCUCGUCGCGGCCGGGCGCCACCCGGGGUGCGAGGAGGCAGGCAGCCAAGGUGAUGACCGAGGCCGGGCUGCCACUGCACGAAGUCGAGGAGAGCAAGACGGUCGUGGAGGCGCUGGGCCUGGAGCUGGACGGCCUCAAGCUGCGGGCCCGGCUGGCGCGGGCCAAGCGCUGGAGGCUCGGGCUGGGCGCCCAGGCGCUCCUGCGGCGCCGGCGCGUGGCUGGCCGGGAGGUCGAGCAGAUGAUCGGCCACUUCACGCAUGCCAUGCUGCUGAAUCGCCCCGCUUUGUGCGUCUUCCGGGCGGCCUACGACUUCGCCCGGAAGCACUACAGGGUGCCCGUGCCGCUCUGGCCCUCGGUGCGGCAGGAGCUAGCCAACGCGCUGCACCUCAUGCCGCUGCUGGCCGUCCAGUUCGAUCUGCCGUGGUCCGGGCGCGUCACCUGCUCCGAUGCCACGCUGCGCGGCUAUGCGGUGCAGGAGGCCGACAUGGGGCCGCCAGCCGUGCGGGAGGUCGGGCGCUGGCAGCUCUGCUCGAGCGCCCGGGUGAGAGUCUACACGAGCGACCUCUACCUCCUCCUCCGCCGGGGCUCCCAGGUGCUGACCCCAUGGGCCCCCAAGGUUUACAUCAUGUACACCCAGCUCUGCCUCUACGGGUUCCUGGAGGCCUCA